CAAUAAUGCACCCCCUCUUGGCGACAAUUCGUUCAUGCCGGAUUGUGUGCUCUCGCUCCCCUUCUGCUUGCGAGUAGCAGCCUGCUCGGCUCUCAUACCAUCCCCCUCCUCCCUCGAUCCCUCUCUCCCUGGAUCUUAUCACUCCAAUUCCUGCUUCGGCACCGUCUCUUGGGUUACUAUCAGUUUGAUCCGAGAGCACACUCUCAGAACUCAACACAAUUCCGAUGCCAAUGCGUGGAGUGUUCAGGGAAUUGUGAGGUGCCCGGUCGGAUUCCGACGGCAGCGAAUACUCGAGGGUUUAGGGUGAGGAGGAGGAGGUGCCUGGGAAAUUGGGCAGGAUUGUCGGCGUGAUAUGUAGGACAUUUCAUGUGUGCUGAAGGAAGUAGUAGUAGUCGUUGUCGUUGUUUUGGUUUCUCUCCUCCUUGGCAAUUUGGUCAUCCUCCGAGCUUCGGGGGUUACAUUCUACAGUGUUUCUUGCGUAUCCUCCCCUCAUCGAUGGGAUUGAUUGCGCAGAGCAACGGUAACGGAGCCUAAUCUUCGAACGUUAAUCUCGGUGGAAAUUGUCUCAGAUUCUCCAGCUGCAUCUGUUGUUGAAGAAAUUGACAAAGGAUGCCUUGGUUGGGAUGUUGAACGUUGGUUCGCACCCUCACAACGAGACGUUCAAAGAAUAGUUCCGCGUUGGUAAGAUAAGCAAGCGAGUUCUCAUUUUCCUCGAAAUCUGCUGAUGUGUUGCUGCACGAUGAUAACGUCGAAGAUGCUGAGGAAUACCAGAGAAUGUAACAAGCCGGUGCCCAUUUACAUGGGUGGAGAGUCUAAACAACUAUGUCUUCGAAAGGGGGUAAACUGCGGCAGUUCAAAGCCUCAUUCAAUGCAUUUCAGUUCGAUGCAACGAAUCAAAACCAGCCUUCUUCCAAAACGUUGAGGCAGGAGUCUUUUGUUGUCAAGCCAGAUGACACUGGGCUGGAAAACCUCGUGAAGGCUCUGCAGGAAGAGGCUGUCGUGAUAAAGAACGAGCUUGUAGAAUGGAAGAGCAAGGCAAAUGCUGCAGCUCAGGAGGCAGCAUCAUCAAAAGAAGAUUCAGAGAAACGGAUCACUUUACUGAAGGCGGAGGUGGAAGGAUGGCGAGACCGUGCAGCCAUGUCAGCUGGGAAAGGAAUAGUGGCCAGGAGGCAGUUGGAGGACUUCGCAAAACAAGUGAAGUCUUUAAACGCAGGGCUGCAAGAAUCGAAAGAGGAAGCAGCAAGACUUCUUCAGGAGAAUGAAGAUUUGAAGGCAGAGGCGAUUGAGUGGAGGCUGGAAGCAGAUGCUUUGGCUAAAGAGGUUGUGAGCAUGAAAUCAGAGGCCAAUGGCUCUGUUAAGGUGUUGGAAGCGGACCUUGACAAGUGGAAGCACAUUUGCAGAAGUCGCAGUGAUUCAAUUAAAGUAUUGGAAGCAGAUCUGGAGAAGUGGAAGCAUAUUGCUGCAAGUCGCACUGAUGGGGGUCGGCUGCACAUGGAAGAACUUGAGGUAUCUGAACGGGACCUGGUUGAAUGGGACAUGGUUGCAGGGACUGCCAAUGGAGAUGGAAAAUCCUGUAAAAUAGAUCAAGGUGAUAGGUCAGGGAAAUCAGCAAUGAAAGAAGAGGACGUGGAUUCUUUCUCCUCAGUAUCAGAGCGCACGUCAAAUGGAUGGAGAGAUGGACCUUCCGAGCUCGAGCUUUCUUUACAAGCUGAAAUAGAAGAUUUGAAGAAUCAAAUUAUCUAUGCUGACAAGGAGCGUUCCGAGCUCGAAGCAUCGUUACAAGCCAAGAUACAGGAAUUGAAAAAUAAGGUUGCUUGUAUGGAGAAGGAACAUUCUGGACUGGAGAUGUCCUUGAAAACUGAGAUCGAAGAAUUGAAGAAGAAGGCUUUGUCUGCUGAGAAGGAGCAAGAGCAGUUGAAGCAGCGGCAUGACACCAGGGUGGAGGAAUUGCAGUUGGAAGUGGAAGCAUGGAUGAAUGCAGCUAGCUUGACUGAACAUGAAAAACUUGAAAGACUUGAAGUUGAGAAGAAAUUGAAAGACUCCCAAGUGAAGGCUAGAGAGGCCUUAGAAGAUCUUGUUCAUGAACGAAAGAGGAGUGCGGUGCGGGUGGCGGAGCUUCAGGCACAGGUGAAGGAUUUGAAGGUCGUUGCAGCAGAUUCUUCGGAGGAGUGUUCAUCUCUCCGUGUCGCAUUUGACGGUGUUGUGCAGGAGUUGCACUUAGACCUCGCUCAAUGGAAACAGAAAGCUGAAACUUCUAGUGAGGAGGGGAAGUCGUUGAAAGCUGAGCUUGUCCAAUUGAAACAGAAAGCAGAAACCUCUAAUGAAGAGUUGAGAUCGGCGAAGGCGGACCUUGAGAAGGUAGUUGUGGACCUGCAAAAGCAGUUGCUCCUCUGGGAAGAGAAGGCCAAAAAUGCCUCGGAAGGAGUAGCCAAAAACCAAGAGUAUACAGAUUUGGUGAAGAAUUUGGAGCAUGAGCUUAGUCUCUGGAAACAGAGAGCAGACAGUUUUAGUGAGGAGGGAAAAUCGGUGAAAGCAGAGCUUCAGAAGGUGGUUGAGGACUUGCAAAACCAAGUCCUCGUCUGGAAAGUGAAGGCUGAAAAUGCCCUGGAAGGAGCAGCGAAAGACCAAGAGCGUGCAGAUCUGGUUAAAAGUAUGGAGUAUGAAGUGAACCUCUGGAAGCAGAGAAAUUUAGAUGGCCAUGCAUUACUACUAGAACUCGAAGAAGAGCAAUUGCAAUUGAUUGACUCACUGACGGAUACCCAAAACGAGCUCCAACAAUGGAAAGACGGAGCUGCAGCUGUAAUAAGGACCAUUCGGUCUGUGCAGAAUGACGCAAGUGGCACCAGUGAAGAAGAUCACGAAGUGGGCAUCGACUGUCUCAGUGUUUUGCAGUCGGAACUUCACAAGUGGAGAUCCAAAGCUCAGGAAGGGGAGCUUUUGCAAUCGCAGCUGAAAAAUAUGCUUGCCCAGACGCAGAAGGAACUACAGGAAUGGAAGCAGAAAGCCGCAGCUGUAACUCUGGCCACGGAAUCUCUGAAGGAGGAACUAGACUGCGUCAUUGAAGAAGGCAAGCUUGAAAGAGAGGAAUUAUGCAGCUCUAUCAAUGAUUUCGAAGAGGCGCUAUACGUGUGGCAAGAGAGGGCUCAGAAGUGCGAAUCCCUCCAAACGCAGCUGAAAAAUGCUGAGACAGCGUUAACUGAAUGCAAAGAGCAAUUGAAGACGUCGCAAAAUGAGUUGAAAGAAUGGAAAGAAAAGGCCGUGGGUAUCACUUUGACCACCAAGUCUUUAAUGGAGGAGUUAGAUUUCAGAAUUGAAGAAGGAUUACAGGAAAAGCAGGAAUUUUGCAACUCAAUAAGCACUCUCAAAGAAUCAGUCCUUGGUUGGAAGAAAAAGGCGUCCGAGAACGAGUCAAUGAUAAUAGAGCUCAAAAUUGCGUUAUUGGAAACACAGUCAGCUCUUGAAGAGUGGAAAAACAGAGCUUCAAAUGUUGCCAUGGCUACAGAAGCAUUGAAGGCAGAAGUGGAUUGUACCCUUGAAAACUACAGAUUGGAGAAAGAGGAGCUCUGCAACACAAUUAAUGAAUUGGGAGCUGAGGUUUAUGAAUGGAAAACUAAAGCUCAAGACGGUGUGGUAGUACAACGACAAUUGCAGAGGGCUCUGUCCGAAUUGGAGAAAAAGAAGCGGCCUCUACUUCGAGCACACAGAUCUAGUUCUAUGUCUAGUCAAUAGUCAAGAUUUAUUACUUUCAAAAACCAUGCAAACUCGUUUGCCAUACAACACUUUAAUGUCUAUUUAGUGCAUCUUUCAACACCAGCCACUCCAAACACUGUCAGCCGCUCUUCAGUUGAGAUCUGCCAAUACUUCAAUUUUAGCGGCGUUACGAUUUAGAAAGAUCUCCCAUGAAGCACCGAAGGCUGCGUUGAGAUUAACGAUGAUCUUGUGAACUGUAAAUAUUCUCUUCAGACAAUGCUGAUAAAAUUAUUUGCAUGUAGAUAGAUCUGUAAAAUUGCGAUAGUCAGAUUCAACACCACGGUAGCCAAAUUUAAUCUAUUUUCCAAAUCAGAUGACAAUUAUUUCUGGCUUGAUAAUCUGAACUUCUUUAACUUGUAACUUGCUGAGCAAGUUCCAAAACAA